AGUUGAUAAAAGUUGUGGUUCCCAUAGGAAAUGAGUUUGGGGAAAAAAGAGUUUUAAAAUUUUUGGGGCCAAACCAAGGCAUAGUGUUUUUAAAGAAGCAUCAUAGCCUAGCUAUCUACCUUAUUUGACAUGUUAUUGUUUGAAAUGGGUUAAAUGAUGAAUGGUGAUAUGACUAUUUAUAGCUUUUUCAAGUUAUUGCCAUUUUCAUACUGCAGUAAUGGCUCAGAGAGAUUUUAAUUUUUUUUGGAAUUGUUUUUCGAUUAGCGAGAAAUAUUCCAAAUGAAGGAGGACCGUACAAUCUGUGAGCAGCAUUACUAGAUAAUGACAUCAAACGCAUCAUGUUUAUGAUGGAGUAUCUCAACUAGAUAAGUUGUGGUUCCCAUAUGUAUUAUUUAAAGAAAACUGGGAUGAUGGGCCUUCUUGCUGAAGAUUGAAUACAAAUAAUUAUUUUAUUUUGUCAGGGAAAACCACAAUGCCCUACCCAAAGGGCUAAACUUUGAACAGUGCCUAUCUUAUUCAGCCACGCUUCUUGUAUAGUUGACAAGAUGGAUUUAACCAGUUUCUGGCAAUGUACUACUAUUUUACUUUAAAAAUUCUUUUCCUGUAGAAUGUUUUACUCAAGGUCACAUCUUAGAAAGAAAUAAAGAUGUAGUACAUUGAAUUUCUGUUCUUUAAUCUUCCUAGUUUUGGAAUCCCUUAGUUGCUUUUGAAUGGAAUAACCGUGUAAAGAAGAGAGCAAAUGCUCGAUAAGUUAAGACACAAAUCAUGUAUAAGUUUUUCUAACUGUUCGCUUGAUCAGAAUCCUGUUAUCCGUCCUUUGGCUGAGCAAGACUCUCAAAGUUUGCAGCGAUUGCUUCAUGAAAUACCCCUUUGGGUUAAAAAUCCCGAUUAUGACCGUAUUGACUGGCUUAACAAGUUCCUCGAGGUUAUGUGGCCUUUCCUGGACAAGGCAAUUUGCAAGACGGCCAAAAAUAUUGCGAAUCCCAUUAUUGCUGAACAAAUUCCAAAAUAUAAAAUUGAAUCAGUUGAAUUUGAAGAAUUAACACUGGGUUCUCUGCCGCCCACUUUUCAAGGUAUGAAGGUUUUUGUUACUGAAGAAAAAGAAUUGAUUAUGGAGCCUACUCUGAAAUGGGCAGGGAAUCCUAAUGUCACAUUGGUUAUUAAAGCAUUCGGUCUAAAAGCAACUGUUCAGGUUGUGGAUUUGCAAAUCUUUGCUCAACCACGCAUCACCUUGAAGCCCCUUGUUCCAAGCUUUCCUUGUUUUGCCAAAAUUGUCGUCUCUCUCAUGGAGAAGCCACAUGUUGACUUUGGACUUAAUGUUGUUGGGGCUGAUCUUAUGUCAAUUCCUGGUCUUUACACGUUUGUACAGGAGCUUAUUAAAGAUCAAGUUGCAAACAUGUAUCUGUGGCCUAAAACCCUAGAAGUGGAAAUUCUGGAUCCUACUAAAGCUAUGAAGAGGCCUGUUGGGAUUCUCCAUGUGAAGGUUCUGAGGGCAAUGAAGCUGAGAAAGAAAGACUUGUUAGGUGCAUCAGAUCCGUAUGUGAAACUGAAAAUCACUGAAUCUAAGGCUCCAUCAAAGAAGACUGCAGUGAAACAUAAGAAUUUGAACCCUGAGUGGAAUGAGGAAUUUAGUAUUGUUGUUAAAGAUCCAGAAUCGCAAGCUCUGGAGCUUAUUGUAUAUGACUGGGAACAGGUGGGGAAACAUGACAAGAUGGGCACGAAUGUAGUUCCUUUAAAGGAACUUACCCCUUAUGAACCAAAAGUCAUGACACUGGAUCUUCUCAAGAACCUAAAUCAAAAUGAUGCUCAAGAUGAUAAGUUUCGUGGUCAGCUUGUGUUAGAGCUGACUUACAAACCUUUCAAGGAGGAUGAUAUGUCAAAAGAUCUUGACAAUCCAUUACAAAAGGCUCCUGAAGAAACACCACCUGGUGGAGGGGUACUAGUGGUUGUAGUCCAUGAAGCUCAAGAUGUUGAAGGAAAGCACCACAAUAACCCUUAUGUGCGUAUCAUUUUCAAAGGAGAGGAGCGCAAAACUAAGCACGUAAAGAAAAACAGAGAUCCAAGAUGGGAAGAGGAGUUCACAUUCAUGUUGGAAGAACCUCCGUUGAAAGAGAAGCUACAUGUGGAGGUACUCAGCACCUCAACAAGAAUCGGCCUGCUGCAUCCCAAGGAAACAUUGGGCUAUGUCAAUAUCAGCCUCGCAGAUGUUGUCAACAACAAAAGGAUCAAUGAGAAAUACCAUCUCAUAGAUUCAAAGAAUGGAAAGAUUCAAAUUGAGCUGCAAUGGCGUACAUCAUCUUGAUUUCUUAACACCACCUCGACCCUGCGGAGAGAAUUGUGUUUACAAAUAUACUAUGUAUUUUGGUCAUGGUUAUAUUAAAAUCUUUGUACGUUGCUUGUGUACAUUAUCGCGGCUGGAGCUUGAUGUGAGGUGAAUUACUGUAUUUGUAUUUUCUUUGUGAGGAAAAAGAAAGAAAGAAAUAAAAAUCAUGUUGUAUGGGAAAAUGUGGAAUCCAUUUUAUCGACUAAUCUUCAUGAAAAUUAUUCUGAUUGUUUUCCAUCUCA